CGCCCCAUAACUCGCUGCAGCCUGAGAGCGAGACAGAGACACAGUCAGGCCCCGAAUAUAGAAACAUUAUAGAACAUUUUAGAUUUAAAAAAAUAUAUAUCAAACAACAGAUCGAGGGAAGAAAGACAGUGAAAGGUGGAGUAUCUCCCAACGUAUGUUUGCGAAAAGUCGGUGAUGGAAUGUUACCGGGGUUCCAUGAGAAAUUGACUAAUGCGGCGCUGGAAACUUUUUGGGGAAUAAAGAUGCAGAGCAACAUUUCCUACUCACCCCCAACCAUAGCUGUUGGGACUGGGUGAGAGAGAGAGAGAGAGAGAGAGAGACAGAGAGAGAGACACAGAGAUACAGAGACACAGAGAGACAGAUAGAGAGAGAGGAGAUCCAUAGACAGAAGGAAGACCCGUUCUGGAAAGGAGGAGAGAGCAGACAUUGACAACAGCAGCACUAUCUGAGGCCCAGACCGUAACCCUCCUAAGCCCUACCCAGCCCUGCCUGGAGUACGCCCUUCACUGCACUCCACCACACCCCACGUAGAGCCUGGAAGGCAGGGAAGCCACGGCCGGGAUUUCAUGGCAACAGCACCCUAGGGCUGCCAUGGCAGCUGGUGCCGCCGAUGCUCCACGCCAUAUUACAGCACUGACGCCGGAGGACGAGGAACGACUAGCCGCUGCCAAGCUGUACAGCGACACUACCCUGCCACGCACAGACAGAGAGAGGGAGAGGGAAGCGCGAGCCAGCGGCAACGAGUGUUUGGUGUGUGGGACUUGGUUUGGUUCGCAGGAUAAGCUUCGGCUUCACGCCUUCUGUCACACGGGAGAGAAACCUUUCCACUGUUCCCAGCCACAUUGUCCUAAGGCCUUCAGCUCCAAAUAUAAACUGUUCAGGCAUAUGGCCACACAUUCUCCACAGAAAACUCACCAGUGCUCGUUCUGCGAGAAAAUGUUUCACCGCAAAGAUCACCUGAAGAACCACCUGCAGACCCAUGACCCCAACAAAGAGGCCUUCAAGUGUGAGGAAUGUGGCAAGCACUACAACACCAAGCUGGGCUACAAGCGUCAUGUGGCCAUGCAUUCAGCCACGGCUGGGGACCUCACCUGUAAGGUGUGCCUGCAGAGCUACGAGACUACCCCUGCACUGCUGGAGCAUCUCAAGAGCCACUCGGGCAAGUCCUCCGGAGGUGCCAAGGAGAAGAAGCACCCGUGUGACCACUGUGACCGCCGCUUCUACACACGGAAGGACGUGCGUCGCCACAUGGUGGUCCACACCGGCAGAAAGGACUUCCUGUGUCAGUACUGCGCCCAGCGCUUCGGCAGGAAGGACCACCUGACGCGGCAUGUGAAGAAGAGCCACUCUCAGGAGCUGCUGAAGAUAAAGACGGAGCCUCUGGACAUGCAAGGCAUGCUGGGCUCUGGCUCCUCCCCCUGCACUGUCAAAGAGGAGCUCAGCCCCAUGAUGUGCAGCAUGGGUUCCAACAAAGACCACAUGCUGGCCAAGCCGUUCCCCAGCGGCACCUCCUUCCCCAUGGGCAUGUACAACCCCCACCACCUCCAGGCCAUGUCCAACCCUGAGGUGGGCCACCACCACUCUCUGAUGCCUGGCUCCCUGUCCGCUGCCAUGGGGAUGGGCUGCCACAUGGAGCCCCCCCUCCAUCCCCCGCACCACCACCACCACCACCACCACCAUCACCACCACAUCCAAAACUCCCCCCCGCUGCCCCACCUGCAGCAGCCCCAACAGCACCAGCAGCAACAGCACACCCAGCCGCCGCCCAAGUACCAGCUGGGAUCUAGCUCAUACCUGCUGGACAAGCCCCUCAAAGUGGAGAUGGAGAGCUUUCUCAUGGAUCUGCAGAGUGGGCUGCCAGGCCACCACUCAGGCGAUCAUCAUCAUGCUGCUGCCUCGCCCCCCAAGGAGGGACUAGAGCACCCCUCAGGCCUGACAGACGAGCUGUGUGGUGGCCCCCUCCUGUCCAAGAGCCCUGCUGUCAUCGCUGAGUCUCUGUGCACUGCUAACAUGGACUUCUCUCACCUGCUGGGUUUCCUGCCCCUCAACCUGCCCCCCUACAACGCCCCCAUCAGCACAGCAGGACUAGUCAUGGGGUACACCUCAUCUGCUGCCUCCUCUUCGUCAUCGUCAUCCUUGCGUGGCACUGAGCACCACGCCGCUGCCACAGCUGCUAACCCUACCCAUACCUCUUUGCAACCUCAACCUCAGGAGCAGCAGGGCUCCAGUGGGGGCCUGGGUCUAGGGCCCCUGCACCCUCUCCCGCCAGUGUUUAGCUCCAGCCUCAGCACGACCACCCUGCCUCGCUUUCACCAGGCCUUCCAAUGAGGGCCCCCCUGCACCCUCACCCGCCAGUGUUUAGCUCCAGCCUCAGCACGACCACCCUGCCUCGCUUUCACCAGGCCUUCCAAUGAGGGGCCCCCAGGCCCGGCCCCUACGCCAUUAUCCUCAGCUCACUGCCUCACACCCAGGGGCCAAGGGGCCUGCUGGCUGCAAGGGUGGACAUAACAACACUUGAACACUUAGAAGCCUUAAUUGAAGUGCAUAAAAGCUUUUGAUUGAGCUCCAGAGGAAACUAAACCCUUUAUUGAAACAAAAGGAAAAGAUGAGAAACUUUCAAACUAAGGAGCUUUUAUUCGGCCAUUCUUUCUAUCCUUUAGCUAUGAUGAUUGAAUCCCUCUCGCUUUGUUGUUGUUUGUUUAGCUGGAUCCCCAUUUAGCUCUUGCAGAAUCAGCAGAUACUCUUCCUGGGUUACACAAAAAACACGACAAGUAACAAAACACUGAUACACUGAUACACAGGGACAGUCACAUUAAAAUACAACGAUGUACAAACAAUACAUCUAAAAUAUAAUGUGUGUGUUAAGAGUGUCUGUGUGUGUGUGUGUGUGUGUGUGUGUGUGUGUGUGUGUGUGUGUGUGUGUGUGUGUGUGUGUGUGUGUGUGUCACCUCACAGUCCCCUCUAUUCCAUGAGAUUUAGUUUAAUCCGGGUUUUUUUUAAGGUAAUUCUUCUGUUUGCUGAGUAACUGGAAAUGGAAGGGAGUUCCAUGUGAUCACGGCUCUGUAUAAUACUGUGAGUUGCCGUGAAUUAGUUCUUUAACCUCUACCACUAACCUAUCCCCCCUCAUCACUUACCUCCCUCUAUUCUGUAGUCAGGAGGCAGCAUCUGCAGGCGUGGUAUUGUUACUUUAUAAAGUCAUAAUAUUAAGAAAAAAAUCUUAAUUUUAGAGAAAAUUGUUUAAAACAAUAUUGUUACCCAGAAGCCUAGUGACCCAGAACACUAGUUUUGAAGUGGGUGAAAUAUAAUUUUCUUGCUUAUUCAAAUGUGACUGAACAUGCUAGGUUGUCUCUCAUGUGAGUGUAAAAGUCUGAACCACCUACCCAGAAACACACCCUUGUCUGUCAUCAUCAUCGUCAGGGGGGAAAGAUUAGUGAAGGACUAAAGUGAUACUGCCCCACGGACAUUACCCUCCUCCAAUAUAGGCUACAACCACACAACAAAAAUAUCUGUCUUGAAAAAGUACUCUUAAAAAAAAUGGAAUAACUGAUUACUGUUCCGACUCAUCAGUUGUGCAGAAAGUAGAAGAUAAGUGAAAACAGAGAGUAGAUUUUAACGUUGAUAAUCACUGCCGCCAAACACAGCGCCCACAUAUUUAAUGAAAAGCAGAUGUGAAAAUAGCUGAGUCAGUAGAAAACAUGCCAAGUCAUGCAUGUUUUAUGUGGUUCCUCAAGAGCAGCACUUUUUAACAGAAGUCUCUUUAACUUUAGGAAUCUCUUUGGCCUAACAAUCGUGACCUGCUCAACCAGGGCCAGUGAGGAUGACCCUAUGUGGAGGAUAUACCCCUCCUAUAAAAGCUGCUCUUGAAAACAGGUCCUUAUUUGACUCAUGAGGAUUUUCAUUCCUUCAACUGUCAUUCUUCCAGCAUUGGUUUUUAAGAAGUCUCCAGAGUAACAAUAUGUCACAUCCUUUUCCUCGCCCCCCAAGGAGGGACUAGAGCACCUCAUAUAUUACUGAUUUUAAUUUUUAUGAAAACAAAUAUAUAUUCAGUCUGUUAGAUGCAUGGUAAUAAUAACCCUGACAUAUGUGAAUAGAAAAUAAAAAUAACAAUGACGACAGUUAAGGAAAACGUGUAAAAGAAUGUUAUUGCAGUGUAUUAAAUAUCUCGUCAAAAAAUGAACAUUAGAAUUGCUUUUAUUUCAGUAAGGUGUAUUUAGGUAGACGUAUUAAAACAAAGUGUUUUUAAUGUGGCAGGUUUACAUUUGUCUGUAUCUGGCAUUUUAUUGAUAAAAAAUGGAUGAAGUAUUAGCUUUGCCCUUGUAGCUUUCUCAGCUCUAUUUAAUCUUUAUCUGUUCAUGUACUACUAAAACAAAAAUGUGGAUUGUUGACUUUGACAAAUGUGUAGUUAGUAGGCUGUUAGUGGCAUAAUAAUCCAGUAGGAUUUUACAUAGACGUCUUUGAUCGUCUCGUAGGACUUUUAAAAAGAAUGACUGACGUUGAGAGUCUAUUUUCUCAGUUUGAAACACAACCUGAUUUAGCGGUCUGAUUUUAAGAUGCCUUUUUCAUAUUCACUAGCCUGUUGAAAACUUACGCCCAAAGUUGUAAAACUAUAAUACGUGCUCUGUAUCACGUAAGGGAUAUUUGUAUGAUGGAAAAUAUGUCCUGUCUGGUAUGGCCAACAAAUGGAUGAUAUGUUUCACUUUCCUUCAGACAUCAUGAUUGAUAGAUCGAUAGGCUUUGGAACACGCAGCACAUGGGUUAUAUAAAGUCCAUUAGUCAAAAGAAAGUCAAAGUGCAUCUUGAGAGUACUGAUAUUAACAGUAUUAAUAUAUUAUUCUCUUGGUUUGCAACUUUCAAACUCUCUUGACUUUGUCUGUUUGAGUACUCAGCCCAGUCCAUAUGCAACUAUUAGUAAACAUGUAGUUUCAAGUAUAAAGAAAAAAACUACAACUAUGUAACAUAAGCAAAACAAAACAAAUUGCUGCUUUUAGCUACGGUUGCCCAGCAACCGUAGAACAGAGAACAUUUCAACAUUGCAAGAUGUAAACAUGCACAGUAGUACAGAUUUGAACUGUUUCCCUUCCUCUCUGUACUCCUCACUCAGCUGCUUCCUAGAUUCAGGAGGAAAGGGUCUAAAACAAAUACACGAUAUCCAGAACAAACAAGUCACCAGCCUGCUCUUUGACAUUCAAAGCAUGGGACGACUGACUGGGGUAUUUCUUAGUCGUUUUGUUGCUGUUAUAUGAUAUGUUUUUUUCUGUUUGUUAAAACAGGACCUUGAAACAACACAACACAUCACCUCAUUUGAUUUUUGAUUUUUCUUCCCAAAACCUGGGGAGAGGAAACAAAAUCUUGCACAAUUGCUCAUUAAAAUAAACAUUUGAUUAUUUCAUUUUAAUAAUGGUAGAAUUGUUAUUCAAAUUGACCAACCGACCAGAGCCUACUAUUGCCUCUUCAGUCAGCUAAUUAGACUGACCUAUAAAAUGACAAAUAUGUGAAAAUAAAUACAAUUUAAAAGAAACAUUUGUUUGGUUGUGACAUAGCCCCACUACCAAUCAAUACUGGUGAAGUAAUACGUUCAGGUAUGAAUCCCCGAAGUUCAUCAUGACACUUCCACUAGGCUGAGAAAUUAUCUGAAUUAGGAACAUUUAAUGAUUGAUCGUGAAGAUGUGGUUCGCAUCUUUGAAAGAAUUUGCCUCUUUCUUAUAGUGGUAAUUGGAUAUAAAUAUUUAUAUAAUUGUUUAAAAGCUAUCCUUAAAACAUAGAUUUUUUUUUGUGUACAUCGUGUACAUUUUCAAAGACCAUGGCUAUAUCCAAUUCCAGCCAAAAUUCUAGCACUCAAAUUUAGCAUUUAUCUUUUUAUUCAUUUAUUGAGCAUUUAUUGAUAAAAAAGAAAAGGCCAUUGGCAUUGAGUUUGUCCUCCCUGGGUUUCUGUGAGCUAAUCUGAAUUCUAGCACUUUCAAUCUUUAAAAAAAAUAGUUUUUUUUCUUUUACAAUUUCAGCUUAUAUGUUCCUGUGUUUUUAAUUUUGUAUUUGAUCCUGUGUAUGUAUGUGCCAUUAGUUUGAUGUGUAGAUUUGAUCAAUCUUUAUGUAUUUUUCUCUUCCAAAAGAAACAGUAUUUUUUUAAUAGACUUUUCACUAAUACCUUCUUUCAUGUGCCCCCACUCCCCUCUCAGGCCUGUUGGGUAACCAGCGUUGCCUUCUCUAGUGAAAUUGUAUAUAAUUAACACAACAACAAAACAUAUUCUACAACCAAGUAUUUGUAACAGAGAUUUGUAAUCCAAUUGCCUUUCAGAGAGCAUGGUGAGCAUGACACAUCAUCGUCCCUAGGACGUCACAUCCACAAUAUGGAAUAGAACUAACAGAUUGACCUCUUCUUCAAGGUCAAAAAGACUUGUCUCUAGACAGGAAAAGGCUUGUACCUCAGCCUAGUAGGUACAGAAUACAUGUUGCCUCUGGACAGGAAAAGGCUUGUACCUGUUGCCUCUGGACAGGAAAAGGCUUGUACCUCAGCCUAGUAGGUACAGAAUACAUGUUGCCUCUGGACAGGAAAAGGCUUGUACCUGUUGUCUCUAGACAGGAAAAGGCUUGUACCUCAGCCUAGUAGGUACAGAAUACAUGUUGCCUCUGGACAGGAAAAGGCUUGUACCUGUUGUCUCUAGACAGGAAAAGGCUUGUACCUCAGCCUAGUAGGUACAGAAUACAUGUUGCCUCUGGACAGGAAAAGGCUUGUACCUGUUGUCUCUAGACAGGAAAAGGCUUGUACCUCAGCCUAGUAGGUACAGAAUACAUGUUGCCUCUGGACAGGAAAAGGCUUGUACCUGUUGCCUCUGGACAGGAAAAGGCUUGUACCUCAGCCUAGUAGGUACAGAAUACAUGUUGCCUCUGGACAGGAAAAGGCUUGUACCUGUUGUCUCUAGACAGGAAAAGGCUUGUACCUCAGCCUAGUAGGUACAGAAUACAUGUUGUCUCUGGACAGGAAAAGGCUUGUACCUGUUGUCUCUAGACAGGAAAAGGCUUGUACCUCAGCCUAGUAGGUACAGAAUACAUGUUGCCUCUGGACAGGAAAAGGCUUGUACCUGUUGUCUCUAGACAGGAAAAGGCUUGUACCUCAGCCUAGUAGGUACAGAAUACAUGUUGUCUCUGGACAGGAAAAGGCUUGUACGUGUUGUCUCUAGACAGGAAAAGGCUUGUACCUCAGCCUAGUAGGUACAGAAUACAUGUUGUCUCUAGACAGGAAAAGGCUUGUACCUGUUGUCUCUAGACAGGAAAAGGCUUGUACCUCAGCCUAGUAGGUACAGAAUACAUGUUGCCUCUGGACAGGAAAAGGCUUGUACCUGUUGCCUCUGGACAGGAAAAGGCUUGUACGUGUUGUCUCUAGACAGGAAAAGGCUUGUACCUCAGCCUAAUAGGUACAGAAUACAUGUUGUCUCUAGACAGGAAAAGGCUUGUACCUCAGCCUAGUAUGUACAGAAUACAUGUUGUCUCUAGACAGGAAAAGGCUUGUACAUGUUGUCUCUAGACAGGAAAAGGCUUGUACCUCAGCCUAGUAGGUACAGAAUACAUGUUGUCUCUAGACAGGAAAAGGUUUGUACAUGUUGUCUCUAGACAGGAAAAGGCUUGUACCUCAGCCUAGUAGCUACAGAAUACACUUUUGCUUCUAGACAGAAUCAGGCAUUCUUGAAAUUAAUAUUGUACAAGAUCAUAUAUUCAACAUGCUGUGCCAAGACAGGGCUUGCUACAGAGAAGGCAAGUCUCCAUCUGUCCCAGUUUACAGUAUACCUCACCCCACACAUGACAGUUUACAGUAGACCUCACCCCACACAUAACAGCAGAGAAGAUGGAUAUGCUAAUAAUUCUAAAAUGCUAAUAAUUCUAAUAAAACUAAAGCACUUGUUGGAGGCAGCUGUAGCUGCUACGUUUUGCACAGCUAGCUUUGGGGAGUGGCCUUAUCAGGAGUAUCUCAGCAGUUCUCCAGUCUCAUCAGGAUGACCUAAUAAUUUUAUCCAUCCCACCUGUUUUGGAGCGAUGACUCGGCUAAACCUCUGCUGAGAUACUCCUGAGAAGGCCUACCUCUGACAGUGGUGUUAUGAUUCAAACCAUCAGAUAGUUCAUUAGCAUCGUUAAUGAACGGUUGUGGAAGUGAUAUCUCACCUUAAGCUUUGACCGAGCGGAUGUUUUCGCUACAGCGCCUUGUUGGUUCAUUACCUCGACUGCGCCUACUAGAGAUGCACUUGUCUUCACUUUUCCUCCGUACUAGUAGGUGCAGAACACAAAAUUUAAGGGAAUUCUUUAAUCCAUUUUUAAGUCAGAAAAACGUUUUUUUUUUGGAUUUCAUUAAUGCUUUCUGCUUUUGUGCUUUUUAGUGAGAAACUGGGUACUGUCUGGUGAAGACAAGAUUCACAUGUAGUUUUACACAUUUUUUAUCUUAAUGUAAGUCUUGCAUUCCAAGCUCUUUGUGUAUCUUGUUUAGCGACAUCGACUUGAUGUUUAGUACUUUAUUACAGCCACCUCUGGGGGGAAAGGUCAUCCUUACACUAUUUUAUAUAGCAUGGAGUUUAUCAACUUCAGGGAGAAUUGUAUAAAAAUAUGCUUCAGAGAAAACCUGCUUUUUUGUUACAUAUCUCACAUGCAAUCAGUUGCUGCAAAGUGACAGAUUUGUAUAGUGGUUGAUCCAAAGAGACGACAUAACAACAAACCUAUUUACUUAUUGUACAGUACAUUGUAUCUUUGAACUGUCAUGUGUUUAUGUUGAAAUGAUUAAAAUACAAAACCCCACGGUUUCAUACUUUGGUUUUAA